AUGCCUUACACGCCCCCAUCCCGCUCCCCCGCCUCCUCAGCUAUCCCUUCGCCGGACGUUAGCAGAAGAUCCUCCUUCAUUUCUCCGAGCAUACCUUCCCCGAGACCUGCCCUACCACGGUCCUCUUCCUACCUAUCCAGGCACCGACGAUCUGCCUCGGCCGGGAGCAUACCCACACUUGCAGCGCCCGUUGCCGCAAAUGGCCCGACACCCGACAUCACCCCUCCGGGGACGUCGGAUAAUUUGAAGGGGAUGGCUGUUGCCUUUGCGGCCCCUGUGAGACAGUCCCCGCCGCCUGUUGCUGACGCGAAGGCCAUGCCUCCUGGGGCUAUCAUCUCGCCACCCGACUCGUCGAGCGAAGAUGAAGGGGCUGUCGAGUCCGAGGCCCGAGGUAGAAAGAUGGAAACAGUUGAGCUCAAGGUGUUGAAGGAAGCUAUCAGUGCCAUGUCGCAGCCUCGUGAGUCGUCGCCGGUGCGGUCAUCACUCAGCGACAUCCCACCAUCCUCGAAGAGUAACAACCCUGUUGGGGAGUCGCGGCAAACACGCAUUGCUUCCGGGUUACCAGCUCUCAACACCAACACCCGCAAGGUGUCCCAUUCGAGGUCACAGACCGAAUCUCAUAUUUACUCGAUGUCGGCCGAAGCAUCUUUAUCCAACUCCGAGGAUGGGUCCGAGCAAGAUGAGCCCUCGAGGAAGCCGCAAAUGGUGCGAAAAAAGUCGGGAGAGCUGGUACGACCGGCACUACGACCGCCAUCACGGAGGAGGCCGUCAAGUAUGCCGGGGACGCCGACAUUUUCAAAGGCUGUCCAUUUCGACUCUCACCUCGAACACGUUCGGCACUUUUUGCAACUGGACCGUCCUCUCGCCGUCAGUGCCGGUUCCUCUCCGGCGGACCACUACGAGAGCGAUAAUGAGUACCCUUUUCCUGUCGAGGAGAAAUCUAGCAUACGGUCUCCCCCGUUCGAAUGGGAACUUGCUAUCGGUAGCAUCCCCCCAGAGACUCCAUUUCGGAGAGCUCUCCCUGUUAGGUUAGAGAGGGUGUGGAUGUCACCUGACCAGAAAUCUUUGCUGGGGUCGGUAGCCGUGGCGAACCUAGCUUUCCACAAAUCCGUCGUAUGCAGGUUUACCUUUGACUAUUGGAAGACUACCUCCGAGGUUGCUGCCGAGUUCCACCAGGAGAUCCGACUGCGCGAGACCGAGACCAGCCAGGACAGGUUCCAAUUCAGCCUCAAGUUGUCCGACUUCGCCAACCUCGAGGCCAAGACCCUGUUCUUCUGUAUUCGCUAUAAUGUAAACGGAGUCGAAUAUUGGGAUAACAACGACAAUACCAAUUUCCAAGUAGACUUUCGUAAGAAGGUGCUACCUCAGCCUGGGAAUAAGAACUCUCCAACCCCCCAGAACGCGGCUUCUGCUCGACCUGCGAAUGGACUGCCACGUAGUACACGACGAACGAACGCUAACGCUUCUACCGUCGCGCGUCCGAAGUCCAUGCCUCCCGGCGCUAUGGAUGAGUUCGGGCACGAGUCGAAGCUGGAUGGCUUUGAUCGGCCUCUCCACGAAGUGCUCGGGGAGUCAGGCCAGAGUGGUUUGCGCCUAAAGACCUCCAAGUCGUCGACCAGCCUGCCCAGUGACAAUCUCCCAAAUCGGGUGUCAACUCCAAGUGGACAGGCGUUCGCCAAUCGGUAUGACUUCGGAGCAUCCCUCAGUGCCGCCAAGCAGGCCCACCGAGACCGAGAAUCAAGCCAGCGAGGCAGCGCUCUAUACAUGAAGGCUCACAAGAAGACGAGCACGCCCCCAAGUUCGGAGGUGUCGCCGACUAGUACAACUCCGUCCGGAUCGUCGUCGGCUUCUACGCCAACCCCACGGGUCAUUCGCCCGAUGUUCCCCCGGCCAAGCUCUCCGUCGGCUGGUGGUAUAGCGUCGGCUUCGUACGAAGAGAUCCUCAACAAAUACUGCUUUACUAACCGACAUAUUUGUUUCCAGUUCAACGGCUCCAAGCAAUCUAGCCCUCAAGCCAAGGACGGGACCCUGCAGAAUGGCCGGCUUGACAACAUGGAGGAACUGUUUCACGUAGCCAACGAAGCCAAUCCGGGUCCGAACGGUAGUCCGAACCUGGCUGAGCGGCCUCACCAUUACGGUGCCAUUCAUCACUCACUCCGGCAGAAUCUCAACCCGUAUUUGCACACCUCGUAUGUGCCAACCACUGGUGGAUCUCCGGCAGAAGCACCAAUGUCACAGCAGUCCAUCGGGCCCUUGAACCAGCCGAGUUCUACCGCCACGGCCCCCACAGUGAGGACACCGUCUCCCGGCCCAAUGUCUAGUUUCAUGCCUCUUACCGGUAUGUCCCUGAUCAGGUCCCCCGUCGACCCAACUCCAUUCCACGCCCAAGACAUGCAAGACCGUUUCCCGUUCGUGGCAGACACUUAUACUGCGACAGCAAUAAGAGGUUGA